AUGUCUCAAGUAUACGUUAACGAGAAGACGGGUUCUGACAGCGCCGAUGUUAGUGGUUCGGAACAACAACCGUUCCAAACCCCAGCAUUUGCAUUGUUCAAGAACGAAGAUGCUAAGAUUUUCGUCUACAAACAAUUAGAAGAUUCAGAAGAAUUUGGUUACAGUGAAAUUUCUGCGUCGGCUUUAAAGAAGGCUAAAAAGGGAGCUGAUGGAUUGAAGAAAAAACAGGAAAAACAAGCUAAGUUACAGGAAGAACAGAAAAAGAAACAAGACGAUGCGGCUAAAAAAUUUGCAGAAAUGGAUUUGAUCAGCAUUAAGGAGGAUGAAUCGCUUCCAGAAGCCAAAAAAAUCAAAUUGGGAAAGAUUCAGGACAACAUUGGUACUAGAGUCGUUGUGCAAGGUUGGAUUCACCGUUUGAGAUUGCAAAAAGGCUUAGGUUUCAUCACUUUGAGAGACGGUACUGGAUUCAUCCAAUGUAUAUUGACUGGUGAUUUAGCCAAAUGCAAAACUACCCACGAACUUACUUUAGAGUCCACUGUCACCAUCAAGGGUGUUAUCAACAAAUUGCCAGAAGGUAAAUCUGCCCCAGGUGGUGUUGAAUUGAAGGUAGAUUAUUACGAGGUUGUUGGCCUUGCUCCAAGCGGAGAAGAAGCUUUCAGUAACAAGGUUCAAGAAAACGCCGACCCAUCAUUAUUAUUAGAUCAACGUCACUUGGCCUUAAGAGGUGAAAGUUUGUCUGCCGUCAUGAAGGUCAGAUCCACGUUACUCCAAGCCAUCAGAAGAUUCUUCGCUGAGGAAGGUCUUUUGGAAGUCACACCACCAUGCAUGGUUCAAACUCAAGUUGAAGGUGGUUCUACUUUAUUCAAAAUGGAUUACUAUGGUGAAGAAGCUUACUUAACUCAAUCCUCUCAAUUAUACUUAGAAACUUGUUUACCAGCAUUGGGUGACGUUUUCUGUGUUCAAGAAUCUUUCCGUGCUGAAAAAUCCCACACAAGAAGACAUUUGUCCGAAUAUACUCACAUUGAAAGUGAAUUGGGAUUCAUAGAAUUCGAUGACUUAUUAACACAUCUUGAACGCUUAAUUACCUACAUCGUGAAGUAUGUUCUUGAAGACCCAGUUGGUGGCCCAUUAAUCAAACAAUUGAACCCUAACUUUGUUCCUCCUCAAAUGCCUUUCAAGAGGAUGGAAUACAUCCAUGCAUUGGACUGGUUGAACGAACACGGCAUUCCAAACGAAGAUGGUGAAAAAUUCAAAUUCGGUGAUGAUAUAGCUGAAGCUGCUGAACGUAAGAUGACCGACACUAUUGGUGUUCCAAUUUUGUUAAUUCGUUUCCCAGUAGAAAUUAAAUCAUUCUACAUGCAAAAGUGCGCUGAUGAUCCAAGAGUCACCGAAUCUGUUGAUGUCUUGAUGCCAAAUGUCGGUGAAAUCACCGGUGGUUCUAUGAGAACUUACGAUCACGAUGAAUUAGUCGCUGCCAUUAAGAGAGAAGGUCUUGACUUAGAUUCAUACUACUGGUUUACUGAUCAAAGAAAGUAUGGUACAUGCCCACACGGUGGUUAUGGUUUAGGUACAGAAAGAAUUUUAGCUUGGUUAUGUGACAGAUUCACCGUCAGAGAUUGUUCCUUAUACCCAAGAUUCACUGGUAGAUGUAAGCCAUAG